GUCAACUCGGUCCGCCUGACACUCGGAGGACGGGGAGAGGGAUGCUGCCUCCGUCAGCCUGUCUGAGGACGCCAAGGGAAGGACACGCGUGAGCCGCUCUUUGUGUUUUCGCACACUUGGACUUUUUCAGAAUUUUUGUUUUUUCGGGUUUGUUGGAGAGGAGCGCGUGCACGAAAGGACCGCACAUUGUUGACUGGCAUCUCGUCAGAGAACGGCGCACUUGACUGGAAUAUAGUCGCUGCUUCGAGAUCCGCAAUGUUCCAAACGGUUGGAAUGGACCGGGCAGUGGAUGACAAUCAACCGGGACAUCUGUCUUUCUAAAGAGAAGGAGAGAUUUUAUGGAUGCUCCAACCCAAUUCCUCUGGUCUACCUGACUGCAGUCUUGGCCCUGCACCCUGACUUUGAGUGAUUAGCAAUUGCCUCCAAGGGCAAUUGCACAGCAAGACAAGAACAACAACAACAAGACGAGUCUCUUGAGAGUUUUUCCGGGGAGCUCUGCUGCAGUGGAAUGUGGAGGUGGCAGGGCUGGUGAGUCAUUCACCUCAGCAGAUGCAACAAAUUAUUCAUCACCCGUGAACAGCUAAGAAUACAUAAUUUAGGAGGACCAAUUUCCGACCGGAGACCAAUAUGAAGGACGUGUCGUUUGUGGAUCGUCUCUUUGUCGGCUUGGCCGUGGCUUCUUUUGUUGUGGCCGUUGAUAAACGGCCGGACUGCCCCAAACUUUGCGUAUGCGAGGACAGACCCUGGUUCUCCCCGAGUUCUGUAUACAUGGAGGCCCAGACUGUUGACUGUAAUGAUUUGGGACUAUUUAACCUGCCGGAGAAACUACCCGUGGGUACACAAGUACUGUUACUGCAAACAAAUAAUGUUGCAAAAAUAGACAAACCCUUGGAUUACCUCGCCAACAUCACCGAGAUUGAUUUAUCGCAAAAUAACAUCUCGUCCAUGAACGACGUCCAUCUCGGGAUUCUGUCUCAGCUUCUGUCGCUACAUAUGGAGGAGAACCGAAUACAAGAACUUCCCGACCGAUGUCUGGCGGAGGUGGCGAAUCUUCAAGAGCUCUAUCUCAAUCACAACCUCAUCUCCUUCAUUUCCAAAAUGGCUUUCCAGGGUCUCGGCAAGCUUCUACGACUCCAUCUCAAUUCUAAUAAGCUGAAAGUGAUUCGCAGAGAGUGGUUCCAACCCAUGCGCAACCUGGAGAUUCUAAUGAUUGGCGAGAAUCCCGUGCUUUCUAUCGACGAGAUGAAUUUCAAACCUCUCGGCAGCCUCCGCAGUCUCGUUCUCACCAGAAUGAACCUGUCGCAGCUCCCCGACAACGCUUUGGUCGGCCUAGAUAACUUAGAAAGCAUUUCCUUCUAUGAUAACACUUUCCCAGAGGUGCCGCAUUCCGCCUUGAGAAAUGCAAAAAACUUGAAAUUUUUGGAUCUGAAUAAAAAUCCAAUUGCCAGAAUACAGCGAGGGGAUUUUGUGGACAUGCUGCAUUUAAAGGAGCUGGGGAUUAAUAGCAUGCCGGAGCUUGUCUCCAUCGACAGCUUUGCCCUCAAUAAUCUGCCUGAGCUAACCAAAAUAGAAGCCACCAAUAACCCGAAACUAUCUUACAUUCACCCCAACGCGUUCUACAAACUGCCGCGGCUGGAAACGCUCAUGCUCAACGGCAACGCUCUCAGUGCCCUCCACAGAAUUACCGUGGAGUCGCUGCCAAAUCUCAGAGAGGUUAGCAUGCAUAGCAACCCCAUUCGCUGCGACUGCGUGGUACGCUGGAUGAACAUGAACAAGACCAACAUUCGCUUCAUGGAGCCCGACUCGCUCUACUGCGUCGAGCCUCCGGAGUACGAGGGCCAGCAUGUCCGACAGGUUCACUUCAGGGAGAUGAUGGAGAUUUGUCUGCCGCUCAUAUCUCCCGAAAGUAUGCCCGGGCAUAUCAGAGUACGGAGCAGGAACUCCGUGUCGCUCCAUUGCAGGGCCUUUGCCGAACCAGAGCCGGAGAUCUACUGGAUCACCCCGUCCGGGAAUAAAGUCAUGCCCAACACGGUUUCCGAUAAGUUCUACAUGCACCCGGAAGGGACCUUCGACAUCUACGACAUCACCGAAAAAGAAGCGGGUCCUUACACUUGCGUCGCCCACAACGUCGUCGGAGCCGAUCUUAAAUCGGUUUCCGUCGAGGUGAACGGAUAUUUCCCUCAACCCGCAAACGGUUCUCUGGAUGUCAAGGUCAAGUCGGUCGAGACCAACGCCGUCCUGGUUUGGUGGAAGUCGAGUCCGGGCACACUGGCUCCAAGUAUUAAAUGGUACGCCCUGUCAAAUGCUCACCAUCCUGCCGCUUCCUUUUCCACCAGGGUGCCCUCUGACAUCCAAAUCUACAACCUUACCCAUCUCAGCCCUGCCACUCAGUAUAUAGUAUGCGUGGACGUCCGCAGUAUCCAUUACAAGCAUGACACCAAAUGUGUCAAUGUCACCACCAAGGGAUUAGAGCUCACGGGCAAGGACACGGAAAAAUGGGACACGGCGCUAAUCACAUCCUUUGGUGUGCUCCUAGCUGGAAUUUCACUGGGCUGUCUACUUAUUUAUGUGUCUCUGAGGAUCCACCAACUUAAUGGGGAUUUAAGGAAAUGCGACUCCAAAGCUUUGCUGUUACCGACGGAAGCUUCAGACGGGCGCCCGACUUUCUUUCGGUUUUCCGGUAGGGUGCUGCCGAAUGGUGUGGAAGUGAAAGCGACGGUCAUAAACGUAUCUGACAAUGCCUUUUAAGGAGCUACGCCGAUUGGACUCGACUACAGGCAGGUUGGACGACUACUGUUUAAAAAGCAACCCCAUUGCUCAGAUACUCUACGAUUGGACUGGGAUGGAACAAUGUCAACUGAAAAUCCCAGUCCAAGAACUCAGCCGAUGGGGUGGCUUAGCAACUACGACGUACAUUGACCGGUCGGACGAGGCAAUUUACUGCCAGAAGACGGAAAACACAGUUGGCGGAAACAAAAGUUAUGGAAUGAUCACGAGAGGGAGGGUCAGAUCUAUUGUAACUGACUGUUCAAUUUGUUCAAGUUGUGGAACUGUCUGUGUGGUCCCAAGCAAUACCGUCUGUGCUUUGUCAAACAUCCAUAGGCGAGUUAGCGAAACAAUAAUAACACCUGUCUAUACCGGGGUGGGGGUGGGGGGGGGGUUUAGUAGAUUAGACAAAUAACAGUGGUGUAAAGCCUUUUGAUGAAACAUACCCUCUUUUGUAUUUAAGACAGAUGAAUUUUUUUUUCAUGGAACUAUUGUUAUAUAUUCUAUUAUGUUAAUGUUACCACAGCUCCUCUGUAUCGCAGCAGUUUAAAUAAUUGGCUUGGAAUUUUAGGCAAGUGGCUGACUAUGUUUGAUUACAAUGUCACAUUAAACUUAAUGGAAUUCUGCUACAAAAUUUGCUAUCUUGGGAAGAAAUGCUCUGUAGUUCUCUUUUCAACUAUGACUAGGGGGGGGGGUUGGAAACGGACUACAACAAGUGUGGUGGCCGCUAUGCUAUGGCCGGUAAAAAAAUGUCGUCUGGAGUACCCUGGUAAGUGCCUAAAAAAAGAACUACAUGAAGAAGAAUUAACGGGAAUAAAUAUGUUAGUAGCAGCAAAAAAAAAAAAAAAGAAAAAAACAUGACUAUGUACUCAUUGCAGAAUCGCAAGCUAUUCUCCAGUAUGACGUGAAGAAUACCCUGUCAGUAUUUUUAGCAAACAUAUUUAAAAAAAACAAAAAAACUAUUUCGUUGUUGCUUUGGGUGUAAAGUUAAAAGCCAUUUUUAUAUUAUAACUGUUCUAUAUGUGAUUCACGGGCACAACAGACUUAUUAAGUAAAGUGCUAAGAAAAAAUAAAUAAAUGUCAUUGUUUCUUUUACAAACAA